UGCUUCCCCAUUUCCUUCCCAAAGUUUGGGCAGAACCCAUGGCCGCGGCAGCAGCUCCGCUCCUGCCCCGGCAGCGAAGCCCCGUCCAGCGGCAGCUCUUGGGUGUGGGUGCCCAGGUGGGUCAGGGCUUCGGUCUGCAGCAGCCCCAGGACAAGGUGUCGGUGGCAGCAGGGCAGAUGCUCACACUCAGGUGCACUGUGCCUGGACAUGCUGGACCGGGUCCUGUGAAGUGGCUGAAGGGCUGGGGCAGUGGGAACAAGACCGUCUAUGAUCAGAAAAGGAAGGAUCCCUCCUCCCGUGUGACAAGAGCAGUGAAUGAGUCCAACACAGACUUCACCAUCAACAUCAGGAACUUUCAGCCCAAUGAUGUUGGCACCUAUUACUGCGUGAAGUUCGUCAAGGGGAAGACUGGUGAGGAUGAGGUGUUUCAGCAUGGCAGUGGCACAGAGGUGUCCAUGUAUGAGACAGCCCUGGUUCCUGGAAUGGUGGCUGCAGCUGUAGUGCUCUGCUUCCUCCUUCUCCUCGGCCUCUUCAUCAUCCUUUGCAUGUACAGGAGGAAGCGCCAAGGUGGGGUGGGCAGCCCAUGCCCGGCCAGGACAGUGGCCAUGGGAAGCUUCUUGUCUGUCCCUCUGCAGUGCUGUGCAGGGAGCCCCAGCACCCCCAGUGAAGUCCUGGAUGCAGAGAGCUCCCACCUGCCCAGCCAGCAUUCCCCAUUUGUGUGGGAAUGCACAAAUCUUUUGCAGCAGAGCAGCAAGGAAGAGAACAACAUCCACUACGCCGACCUGCAGCCCCUGCCCCCGGCCCUGCGGCGUGGCAGGAGCCCAGGCACAGCCCCCACCGAGUAUGCCAGCCUCAGGGCAGCUGCCAAGUGACGCAUGGCACUGCUGCCUGCGCGGCCAGCCCCUGUCAGGGUGGAAGAAGGGACGUUUCUGCAGGGCACAAUAAAGAAGAAGUGGAGCUGUUUGCAUGGCGCACCCUGAUCUCAGCUCAGCACACCCCGAUCUCGCUCACCAUGCUCGCAUCUCUCAGGGGGAGCUCUCCCAGGACCUGGAAGCCAUCUCAACAGCAGGAGCAGACCACAAGGCCAAGCACCUCUACCUUGUGCAAGCUGUUUGCUGCUGAUGGCACCAAGAGGACUUCACACACAAUUGUGUCCACCAGCAUGGGCCUCCACUGGCCCAUUCCCAGCCCACAGGUCCAUAAUUUGUGUUAUCUUUUCACCACCCUCAUUAAAGCCAGCAAACAGCC